CUGUGCCUGCCUGCUGCUCGCCCACAUAGCCAUGGUGGCAGCCUGUCAGCCCGACCGGCGGGCAGAGCUCCCAAACGCCUCCGGGCUCCCGGGACACGUUUCUCAGCCUUGUAGAGUGCGAGUGGAAACCUCUGCGUCCUUGGGCGCUGCCUGACCCCCUCACCGCCAGCCCGGGUUUCCAUGGGUUCUGUCUUUUUUUCUUUAAAGCCGGGGGAAGAGCCGCCCCUGCUGGAGCAGUGCGGGGCACGCAGGCGCGCUGGGCAGGGGGUAGUGCGGCGGCCCGCGAUGGAGGUGGGGGCGGCGGGCUUCGAGCGGUGCCUGCCGCGCCUGCGGGCCCGCAUCCACCGCGCCGCCUUCCUGGCCCUUGAUAUGGAGUUUACCGGCUUACAUUCAAUUUUCCCACAAAAUAACGAGCCCAGCCUGUUUGAUUCCCCUGCGGAGCGGUACCUGAAGGCCAGGCAGAGUGUUCAGUGCUUCACUGUUACGCAGCUUGGGCUGGCAAUAUUCUUAAAUGAAAAUUCUAACAAGUAUGUGGUGCAUUCAUACAACUUUUUUCUCUUUCCAUCAACAUUGGGAGUUUCGGAUGUGGAAUUCACCCUCUCUGCAUCUAGCAUUCAGUUCCUGUCUCAUUAUGGCUUUGACUAUAAUAAGUUCCUCAAAGAUGGAAUCCCGUACAUGAAUGAGGUACAGGAGAAGAUCCUUAGCCAGCAUCUCUUAGCGGGUAGCUGGAAAGUCAGCAGUGCCCCGGACAGGGAUGUGCUGAAGAAGGCUAUUGAUGAAGUGACCUGUUGGAUAGCUGCAGCAGAGGAAGAGGAGACUAUGAUUCUGCAGGAUCUGAGUGGCUACCAGAUGUUUGAUGUUCAGCUGGUUCUGAGACAGGCUCUCCAAAAUGUUUGGACACAGCCUCUUGGAGACAAGAAGGUAAUGGUGAAAAAAGUGAGUCCACAGCAUCGUCAGCUUCUGGAGAACUCUCCUUAUGACUACUUCCAGAAGGAGCUCAUUCUCCUGUCUGCCCGGGGCUUCACCAACCUCUUCCAGACACUUGUUAAAGCCAAGAAGCCCCUGGUGGGACACAACAUGCUUAUGGACCUUAUGCAUCUUCACGACAAGUUCUACAAGCCCCUUCCAGAAAGCUAUGAGGAGUUUAAAAGGAACAUUCACAACCUGUUUCCUGUCCUCAUAGACACCAAGACUGUAACAAAAUCCAUCUGGAAGAAAUGUCCAUUUCCUCGAGUAUCUAAUCUUUUAGAGGUGUAUGCGGUUUUGUGCAGCAGCAACCUAAAUCCCGAAGAUGCAGCGUGCCCGGUGAUAGCCCUUGCAAGUGACUGCUCAAGAUAUGCUGAGAAGUCGUCUCCUCAUGAGGCAGGCUAUGAUGCAUUUCUCUGUGGUUCAGUUCUUCUGAAGUCAGCUCAUUUGCUACUGUGCAGAUCCACAGAUGAUGCAGUGGAGGCUGAUCCUUCUUUCUCCCAGUAUCUUACAGUGUUAGCCGAGUAUCUGAACAAAGUGAAUUUCAUCCGAGGUGGUGUUUCAAGCAUUAAUUUUUCUGGGGAAGAUGCUCCCUGCCAACAUCCCCCUGUCUUGAUUGUCCAUGUCCGAGACUGGCCAGGGAUGAAUGAAAGGCAGAUUUACCAAGAGUUUAAAGCUCUUUGUCGCUUUGAUGUCAGACGGCUUUCAAAGAACCAGUUCAUUCUGCUCUCCAAUAAAUUUAAGCACGUCAGGCUUGUUCUGCGAGACUAUAAGCAUCACCCUCAUCUGCGUGUUUCCGUCUAUCGCCACUGGAGGCACUCUCCGCGCGUGAACUGCCUGCUGCAAGUCUCUGGUAUUGUGGCACUGUGGUCUCUCCUGGCCUUUGUACUUGGAGGAGCUCCGUGCUGUUCGUUCUAAAGGACUGCCUUACAGAUGAGAGACGAGGAACGCAGAUCUUAUUUUUUGUGUUUGUCUAUGUUUUGUUUCAUUUCAUUUCAUUCCAUUCAAUAAACUAUAAGCAAAGAAAACCCAAACAACAAA